AUGAAUGGCACCAGGCACCAGCCUCUGUUCUUUGUCAGUCUGCCAGAGCUACAAAAACUCUGUGCUGCUACAGUAACACUGAGUUCUCAGGUACCAGAAAGUGAGACAAGGAGUACACAGAUAAAGAUUUGCAGGCAGUUAUUAUUCCUGUAUCAAGACAUCCUUUCUGCACCUCUUAUUGGAACCCUAAAUCAAAUUUCAGUUGUAAUGGCGAUACCGUUUUACAAGUCAGGAAUAUGUCAGGCCUACAUAGAGAAACAAGGAGCUACUCUGCAAGCACCACAAACAGUUAGUCCAGACAUUCUCCAAGCUUGCCUCUCCUACACACUGACAGCCAGACUUGCACCCAGGUGGAACAAAGCUGGUCAUUUCUUGGUGCAAGGAAAAGAUUUUUUGUCUCAUUCAGGAAGGCAAAACGCUGUUGUCAUAGACCUCAAUGUAUCAGAGAGACAGCUUUGCAUUAGUGUGGAGGCCUGCUCGGUUCGGUUGCCACCCCCUGAGUUGUCAGAUUUUGAUAUUUCAGCAAACAUCCUAAAGCUGUUUGAUAGCAAUGAAAAUACAGUUAUUCACCAACAUUACAUAUUAAGUAACUGGUGCUAUGUUUUGCCAAGCAUGAAAAUGGGUCAGAUUAUAAAUAUCAGCCACAUAAUUCCUCCAGAAUCUCCUUUCCGUUCAUAUAAAGAAUUUCAGAUGCACUGGAAGAAUCUGUAUGGAUAUGUUCUUCCAGAGGAUCUUAAAGAGACAAAAAUAUACUUAAGUGUUUACUUCAAACCAAUAGGAGAAAGGUUCUUUACGUACCCUUUAAGUUGCAUUCGAAGUCAGCCAGUGCAGUAUUUCCCCAGAACAAAUUUGGAAAGUGUGUUGAACUCCUUUCUUUCUGACCUGAAACGUAAUCUUUCACAUCUAUGUGGAUUUCCAGUGAGGAUGACAAGCAAAGCACUUUACGCUACACAGGAGCUCUCCAGGGCUCCGGUACGUGAAAUAAAAUCUAAACAUGUAAACUUGGCUGGUGAGAUGGUUUGUGCAGUCUCUCUAACACAGGCUCCUCCAAGGAAACAGACUUUGCCUGGAAUUUCUUCACCAUGCAGUAUGGAAAACAGCCACUGGAUGGAGCGUUUGAUCAAAGAGCCAGAAACACACGGUUUUUCGAGUAGCAAUAAUGUAGGAAAGGUUAGCAUUGAAGCAACAGCGAUAUCAAUGAAUAAUAGGCAAAUACCAGAAGUACCAGAGUUACCAGUUGCGAAAUCACUAGGAAUGCCUGUAAAUUCAGCCUUUGAGCUCCCCUCUCAGAAAGGUAGCAAAAUUAUACCAAUUUUCAAGGGAAAGUUGAUGCAAAUGAAUGGAAGGAACACAUAUCAUAUGGAUGGGAAGAAAAGAGAAAGUGCUGAAAGACAUUCACCAAUGAAAAUUAUGGGUGUUUCAUCCUCUAUGCUGACUGGGUGCAAGCCCAACAUGACUCAGGUUUACAAACCUGUUCAAAAUAUGUCAGUUAAAAAUCCUGCUCAUAGCACCGUACUUCAGGUAACGAACAGGAAAACUUACAUAAAACAUGGUACACCUGUAUUUCGAUGGAAAACUGAGUCUGCUGGACAAAUUACUAGUUCUGAUUUGUCUGAUAACUCAGCUUCAGGUGGGAAUUCGAGUGAAGCCAAUCACAGAAUGGCAGAUUUUCCUUCCUUUCUUAAGAAUGUUGGGUCAGUGCUUCAGAAAACAAACAUCAGUCUAAGUCUGAAUGCAUAUGAAUCUCCUGUUUCCAGUGCAAGAAGGGGAAAAAAGUUUGCAAGUCAAAAUACCAUGCAAGUUCUUCAGAAACAAAACCAGUCAAAGAAAGUAGAUUUUCAGAUUUGUAAAUUAGACAAUGAAAUGACAAAUUCCAGUUUAUCACAGCAACAAAGAAAGAGAUCAAAUGAAAGAGCGGGUUUAAAUAUUAAUGAAUCUGUCUUAAAAGAUAUAUCAUGUGUCGCCAAAAAUGAAGAAAGUAAAGCAGCAUGCCACUAUAUGGACUAUAUUGCUGAGACAAUCAGUCAUCAUUCCAAAUCUAACUUUGAACAGGUGAUUACAGGGAACAAGUAUCUGACAUGUGAAACACUGACCUCAAAACUGACUUCCUCAGUCAAGGAGAGCAAUGUGGAAGAAUUUGUAAAGAAAAGUUGUGCCAGAAGAAGACAGAAAGAAGAAGGUUCAAAGUUGAAGAAAGCCAAGAGAAGUAAGCCUGUUUAG